AUGCGCCACUCGUUUGUUUCCGCACUCCUCCUGGGGCCGCUGGCCGCCCAGGCAGCAUGCACAAAGUCUUGCAAGCCCAAAUCCAAGACCUGCGGCCUCGUCACCGUCACUGAAUGGUUCACCGUGACUGGCACGCCGGGUCAAGUCAUUCCCAGCUCCUCUUCGGCCCAGCAGACGGCCUCUGAGUCUGAAGGCUUGACAACAACAUCGGGGUUGAUCAUUGGCAGCUCGGUCCUCUCGUCCAACGCGCCAACCGCCCCUCCUGCACCCACCACGACACUGGGAUCUCUCCCUCCUGAGAGCCUCACGACGUCCACGAUCUUUACGACUUCCAUCAAAACCGUCACCAACUGCGGUCCUGAAGUGACCAACUGCCCUGGAGGCUCAACAGUUGUUACGGAAACCAUCCCCAUUGCAACCACCGUCUGCCCCAUCACCGAGAUCCCCACCGGAUCCGCCUCUCUCUCUUCCUCAGCCUCCGGAAACUCUUCCAUUGCCACAUCAACUCAGUCGACUGGAUUCGGCUCUGUCUCUACCACUGGCACUCAGGAUGCUACUGGCGGCUCCAGCAUUGUCACUGGAACCGAAACUGGAGCAACCACUACCGUCCCUGGAUCAGCAACCACAUCAGGAUCCCUCACAACUCCUGGAACCAAGCCACCCGUCGGCGGUGAUAUCACGUCCACUAUCUUCACAACCUCCAUUCACACUGUUACAAACUGCGGCACUGAAGUGACCAGCUGCCCAGCUGAUUCCACAAGUCUCAGCACCGAGACCAUCCCUGUCUCUACCACUGUCCUCAGCCAGACUACACCCGGCUCUACUGGAUAUGAUUCAUCCGCCUGGCCGAUCGGAUCUACCACCAGUGGUGCACAGGGUGGUUCAACCACUGUCCCACCCGUGGGUGAUGUGACAUCUACCCUCUACACCACCGAGAUCCGCACUGUCACCAGCUGCGGCCCCGAGGUUACCAGCUGCCCAGCCACCGUCAUCACUGAAAGCCGUCCCUACUCCACCACGGUGAUCCCCUCGUCGUUGGUCUCGUCGAUCGUGUCCACUCCCGUUGCGAUUCCAACCUCCUACGAGUCUUCCGCGAACCCCAUUGGAUCAACCUCAACUGGAGGAGGAGAGCAAGGUUCCAUCACCGGUCCCCCAGUUGGUGAUGUGACCUCCACCGUCUACACCACCACCAUCCGAACCAUCACAAGCUGUGGCUCUGAGGUGACAAACUGCCCCGGAAACGGCACCGCAGUUGUUACCGAGACCAUCCCCAUCUCCACAGUGGUGACCACCGGAACUGCUGAUGCUACCUCAGCUGUCAUCACUGCUUCCAGCUCUCUGCCACCCGAGAGCCUGACCACCUCCACCAUCUUCACCACUUCCAUCCGCACAGUGACAGACUGCGGCAGCGGCACUGAGGGUUGCUCAAGCGGAGUUGGCUCGACCAUCUUCGUGACCGAGACCAUCCCCAUCUCCACCACGGUCUGCCCCAUCAGUGACUUGCCUCAGACGCCCACCACCACCGCCGUUUCCACUCCCGUUUCCACCCCUGCCUCCUCCAGCAGCCUCCCCGCCCAGGAGCCUUCCGCUUCCAGCACAGCCGCGACUUCGGCCACCAAGACCUCGUCCUCUCCAUUCGAAGGUGCCACUGGAAUUGACAUCAUCAUUCCCGAGAUCCGUCAAUGUGACAACAACGACCAGCUGGAUCUGCCAGGCAUGCCAUGGUCUGUCACCAACGACAUGUACAACAGCGAGAAGAUGAACGGAACCCAGUGCACAAAUUUCAACCGCGUGGUUGUGUCUAACGGCACAUAUCUCGUCAACUGGACCAGUAUCACCGAUAUCAACAUGAUCAACGAGACUGCUGAUGUCAUGAAGGGUUACUCCAAGAUUGAGGCAAGCUUGAACGGCACCAACCAUCUCACUGAGAUCAAGAGCAUCCCAACCUUCUUCAGGUGGAACAGAACGAUCGGUGAUGGCUUCAAGGGAUCCAACGUCAUCAACGUCAAGACCUCUUCCAUCGAGAACGCACUUGAAGGAGACGUUGUCAACGAGUUUGUCCUGUACCUCCACACCUGGGAUGAGCAGCGUCCCAUCGGCUGGUCCGACACCCCUGCUGCCACCGUGGAGGAGCUGUACGGCACAAACUGGAGCGUCUACGAGGGCACUCGCGAGACCACCAACCAGACCGUCCGCAGCCUGAUCCCCGACACCCCCGUGGAGAGUGAGCUCUAUAUCGACCUCAAGACCUGGCUCGACGCCAUGGUCACCAAGGGCUUUGCCAAGAGCGACGAGUACCUGAACGCGGCCAGCUGCGGUACCGAGAUCUUCUACGGAAACUCGACCCAGAACGCCGCCGUGGCGCUCAACAUCAAUGUGUAA